GUUCACCCUUGCAGCAACAUCGUCGUCAUCGUGGGACGCAGCCUUCCGGAGAAGUAGGUGGUUUACUCGAGGAUGGACUCUUCAAGAGCUACUUGCGCCUCGCAGCGUAGAAUUUUUCUCUUGCGAUGGUCAAUAUCUGGGUGAGAGGUCCGAACUAAGGCAAUUGAUUCACGAAAUCACGGGCGUACCUAUUCCUGCGCUUGCCGGGUUGUCGUUAGACACCUUUGAAGUUGGAGAGAGGCUGUCUUGGUCAAAGCAGCGCCGUACUACGCGCAGCGAGGACAAAGCAUAUUCACUUCUGGGUAUAUUCGGUAUCUACAUGCCUUUGCUGUACGGCGAGGGACAGGAGAAUGCCUUCAAGCGGCUCCGGAAGGGCAUUGAAGAGUCAAUUCGAGAUGAGAAGUUAUCUCAUCCCUCUACUUCGGUGCAUCAUGCUUUCACAGACCAAGAACUUGAGUGCUUACGGUCACUCUCUUUCCUCGAGCAAGAGCAUAGGCACAACGAUAUAUUUCACUGCUAGGGAAACCUGUGACUGGCUCUUCAAUGAUGCCCAGUACAAAGCAUGGAGAGAUAGUCCGAGAGGCCUCUUCUGGAUCAAGGGCAACCCCGGUGCUGGAAAGUCUGUCCUGAUGAAAUAUGCCUUCAAACGCAUGCAGACCGCAGCGCCUAAUGACCUAGUCAUCGCGUUCUUUGUCCAUGGCCAGGGAACGGAGCUGCAACAUACGCCAUUGGGCAUUUUCCGGUCUCUAUUAAACUCGCUGCUGUGCAGCUAUCCAAUGCACCUUGCUGAACUCACUACUAUCUUCGAAGAUCGUGAGAGAAGGUUUGGGGGUUACCUAGCUAACAGAUGGGUCUGGAGCUGUCAGGAACUUCAAGAUACGCUGACGAGAACUCUCACAAGCAGUACUGGCCACACGCCAGUCACAAUAUUCAUAGACGCACUAGAUGAGUGCGGCGAAGAGUCAGCCAGAAGCUUGCUGGCUUAUUUCAGUGAACUCUCGCAAAAAAUUGAGGAGCAGCAGACACAUGUAAGGUUCUGUUUGUCUUCUCGUCAUUAUCCAGUCCUUGGUCUUGAUACGGCUGCAGCAAUCUCUGUGGAAGACAGGAAUCGCAACGAUAUCCAAUACUACGUUCGACAACGCCUGAAAUCAAUUCAAUCAAAGUCGAAACGCCGACAAAUUGAGGAUGAGAUUCUCAUGAAAGCCCAAGGCGGAUUUCAAUGGGCAUUUUUGGUCACCGAAACGAUAAUCAACAGAAAUAUCUCAGGGACCAAAGUCGAGCAUCUCCAGAAAGAGCUAACGUCCUGCCCACUGACCCUCAGCGAAUUGUAUGCUACGAUACUAGAUGCUGGUUCUCACGAUGAGAGACUCCAAACAGCCAAGCUAUUUCGCUGGGUCUUGUUUUCUGAGCGGCCUCUGUCUGUACAGGAGCUUCGUGAGGCCCUCGCAACCGAUCAACAUACGAGCUACACUUCUAUCGCUGGGCUUAGACUCCGCGAAAGCUGGUCUGAUACUCUGACGGACUUCGAGCGACACGUGAAGCACGUUUCCAAGGGUCUUAUUAAGUUUCAUAGUCGCGAAGUUUGGGAACAAUAUGAGCAAGGUGGAGAGGAUUCCGAUCGCGAAGCGCAACUCAUCCACCAAUCUGUGGCGGAGUUCUUACUGGACAAAUAUCUGUUCGACGCUCAACAGAAUCAGAUAGGCGCAGGCCACGUCCUAAUAUCGACGUCGUGUUUCCAGUACCUGACCCUGCCCGAAGUGCUGGAAGGUUCCGGUCUACCAAGAGGCACCUUGUGUUCCAACUUCCCUCUCGUCCCAUACGCAGUACGGUAUCUGUUCGAACAUAUACACAAGGCGGAUCAAGCAGGUAUUAUUCAGCCAGACCCACUUUCAACACUCGACCGGACACGUCUAUCUGAGACGAUACGAAGUCUCGUCACGCUAUGGUCAAUCUUCGAUUCUAACAGCAACAACAACAACAACAUCCCUAUAGGCUGGCCGUUUGCAGGAUCGUCAAAGACUCAUGUUUGGGUUGCUCUGGGCUUGAAAAACACAAUUGCUGCGUCCCUGACCAACGACCAAACCGCUCUGCAUGCUGGAGAUGCUGAUGGGAACACACCCUUACAUAUCGCUGUAUUGUCAGGGCAUUAUGAUAUAGCUGUACUUCUGCUCGAUCACCUCUCGAGAUAUAGGAAGGGCCGCAAAAAGCAUCGCGACAGUAAAGAGUCUGUCCCAAAACAAGCUCGCAAGAAACACCAGGGAAAGCGGGUCAACAAAGUCCGAUUCCCGAAGCCGAAGUCAUCUCCAAAAGUAGGCAUUAACGUAGGAAAUGCGGAUGGUGAAACAGCCCUAGACCUUGCGCUGAUCGCAAAAGCCGGUACGGUGAUCUCCAAACUCAUCGAUGCAGGUGUUGACAUCCGGGGCCGAGAACGGUCAUUACUGAUUCACGCAAUCGAUAGCAAUGACACAACACUUAUUGCAAGCCUAGUCGCAAGACGUGUCAGUCUCAAAGGAAGCGUAUACUACGCAGUGAAGACAAAGUCAUCAGAGCAUGUUCUUCGUGCGCUACUCCAGAGUCGCGCCGAUACCCUCCGGCCGAGAGAAUACGAACGAGACAUUGGUUAUGAUGUAUCUUCCAACGACGAUACUAAUUGGGAUGAUGCGCUCCACCUUGCUUCAAGAAACGGCCAACAGGCUAUGGUCAAUCUACUGAUCUCAUAUGGUGCCUCGGCAUUGUACUGUAAUCGGGCUUGGGAGUGCCCCCUUUUGAUAGCAGUGCAACAAGGUUCUGAGGGAAUUAUCCGAUCGUUGCUCGACUACGAACCUUCUGCGGUUAACCUAGCAGAUAUUCAGGGACGCACAGUACUCCGUGUAGCUGUCGAGAGUGGGCGAUUCGACCUAGUGAAGCUGCUCAUUGAAAGAGGCAAAUUUCUACCUAGAAGUAGAAUUCUGAGCGACUAUCUCCUGAAGUUCGGCACCUUUUGGGUCCCAGCAAGCUUAGAAUUGGCGGACCGUGAUUACAGUAUGAUCACUGAACGCAUUCUCAUCGACGGUCAGCUCGACCUCGACGCGAGAGACGAACGAUACCGUUCCAUCUUGUGGCAUGCUGCAGCAAAUGGAAACGACACACUUGUUCAAAUGUUGCUUACUGCAAAGGAUAUCAACGCCGAUGCACAUGAUAACACAUGGACGUCACCAUUGCUUAUAGCAGCUUGGAGAGGCCACACAUCCGUGGUCAAGCUAUUGUUGGCUACAGGUCUGAUCGACAUCAAUUGGCGCAACAGUACCGGGGUCUCUACAUUGUUGAUUGCAGCCUGGUAUGGCUACAGUGAUAUAGUCGAGCUCUUGCUAGCUGCAGAUCACAUAAACGUCAAUGCAGGAGACGAGACCGGAUGUUCGCCCUUGUUGAUGGCAGUUUGGAACGGCAAUAUGUCUAUUGUCGACAUGCUUUUAUCUAAUGAACAGGUCAACGUCAACGCAAAAGACGAGCAGGGAGUGAGUCCCCUUCUAAUGGCAGCUGGAAGAGAACACCUGGGUAUAUUUGAGCUGCUGCUGGCCACAGAGAAUACCGAAAUCAACGCAACAGACAGGGACGGGGUUUCACCAUUGCAUGUAGCGGCGUGCACUGGCCAAAUCAUCAUGGCAGAGCUACUCCUUGCCGAGGAUGACGUAGACCUCAAUAUACGCGACAAGCACAAACGCUCUCCUUUACACAUGGCAGCGUGGAACGGCCACAUCGACAUCGUAGUGCUAUUCAUGGCUUCACAAGAAGUUGAUUACGAAGCGACCGAUACCAAUGGAUACACACCGGUGCACUUGGCUGCAAUAGAAGGCCACGUAUGUGUCGUUGAGAUGCUGCUCGACGCACAGGAAGAGAGCGGUCCAUGGGAUUUCUCUCCACUCCUGUGGUUGGCAGUAAGCAGGAGGCAACUUACAGUAGUGGACAUGUUACUUGUCACUGGCAGGGCAUCGGCCUUGACUCGCAAUGCGAUGGGAUACACAUUGAUAUCACACGUGAUGAUGACAGGAGACAUGGCAGUAUUCCAGCUAUUGAUCAACCAAAAUUACCAGCAGCAAUGGAACGACAAGUCAGAUCGAUCAAAACUUCAGCUACUCUAUAUUGCCAUGAGAGCAACACAGAGUAAGAACAGAGCAUUGGCACAAGAGAUGCUAGACGCUUAUGAGGAUGGGGAUGAGAUUGGCGUAAGAUCCACGAUGGACGUUGCCUGCACACCAAUUUCACGUCCAAUAUGCCUUGGGUACGCAGAGACCGUACGGAGACUGCUGUUUUCUGGCAAGAUCGACGUUGAUGCCAGAGACAUCCAUGGACGAACACCACUGUGGUGGGCAGCAAGGAGCGGAUACAUGCGUGUGUAUGAGCUCAUACGCUCUUAUACAUCAAGGCGACUUGAUUCCAGUGUCAUGAUCAGAUCAGAAGAUGAGACCAGUGAAGUGGACGUGCCAGAACCUGACGCCUUCGGCAACGCCAGUUACGAUCCUCACAUGGCGGUUCGUCACAGUAAGACCGAUCAGCGGAUCUCCUCACUUCAUUGCGAAUAUAGGAUCAAAGACGAAAAUGGUGACAAACACAGUGAGGAACAGGAAGACGAAGACCAAGGUAGAGCUGAAGACGAAGGUGAAGGCAUGUAUGAGAACUCAAAUGGAUAUGGAGACGUGGAAACAGAUUUUGCUCUUCUCAUGAAGCAACUGGAGACUUUGAGAAAUCAAUCUCAGGGGAAUAUUCCCUCCAGAUAUAUUUCUGAUUGAUCUUGGGCUUCUGAAGUUGAGAAUGGGGCAAUUCGUCUGAAUGUGCGUCGGAUGCGUGUGUCAGAUAUGGCGAUGGUGCUCUCUUGGUGGGCAGCUAGUUGACGGAUAACAACAAUCUUAGUGAAGUAAAGCUUCUGGGAAUUGGUGUCCUCUUUAAAUUUUGUCAUCUGUUUCAAUGAU